GAUCAUCCCCGCCACCAGGGGGCAGAAGCGGGCGGCCGCCUUCCCGCGCCAAGUGCGGCGGCAACUUUAACCCCGGAAACGGUCGCUUCUUUCUUUUCCAGUUGGAUCCCGACAAGCGAUACACUGAGACGAGAUGGCGCCGCGCAAAGGCAAGGAGAAGAAGGAGGAGCAGGUGAUCAGUUUGGGACCUCAGGUGGCCGAGGGUGAGAACGUCUUCGGCGCCUGCCACAUCUUCGGCCGCGUGACGGGCGGCAUGAAGGUGAAGGGGGACAGAGACGAGUCGUCCCCGUACGCCGCCAUGUUGGCGGCGCAGGACGUGGCGCAGCGCUGCAAGGAGCUCGGCAUCACCGCGCUGCACAUCAAGCUCAGGGCCACCGGCGGCAACCGCACCAAGACGCCCGGACCGGGAGCACAGUCGGCGCUCAGAGCCCUCGCCCGAUCUGGCAUGAAGAUCGGACGCAUCGAGGACGUGACCCCCAUCCCAUCAGAUUCGACGCGCAGAAAGGGAGGACGCCGCGGACGCAGACUGUAAAGGCAGCCCGACCUUCACGUAUUCCGUACAAUAAACGUCUUUGACCACAA